ACCAACACAUUAUUAUUUAUUUUUUUCGGCGCAUGCUAGACGAGGACGGAAACAAGGUCAAGAUCACCACCACCACGCGCACCCGUAAGCUCGCCAAGGCGCGUCUCAGCAAACGUGCCGUCGAGCGCCGAAUCAUGGCAGAACCAUCCACCGCCGCCGCCACAUCCACCACGGCGGACCCUCCGCCGCCAGUUACCAAAAGAUGGGCUGACGAAGAGGACGAAGAAACCGAAGCCUCCUCCACCGCCACCGCCACUGAAGCCUCUUCCGUCAACCUCGAUUCAUUAAAAAUCGAAGACAACGAUGAGAACCCUCCCAAACUCUUGGAUGACCCCGACGAUUCUAGCAUUCAAAAGGUUACCUCUGGAGAAACGCCGUACACGUCGGCUGCGAAGUUCGAGGACUUAAACCUCUCGCCGGAGCUUCUGAAAGGGCUCUACGUGGAGAUGAAGUUCCAGAAGCCGAGCAAGAUCCAGGCGAUAAGUUUGCCGAUGAUCCUCAACCCGCCGCACCGUGACCUCAUCGCGCAGGCGCACAACGGGUCUGGGAAGACCACGUGCUUCGUGCUUGGGAUGCUCAGCCGCGUCGAUCCCAAGGUGCAGGCGCCGCAGGCUCUCUGUGUCUGCCCAACUCGGGAGUUGGCUAAUCAGAACAUCGAGGUUCUCCGCAAGAUGGGNAAGUACACCGGGAUUGCGUCGGAGUGCGCUGUGCCGACGGAUAGCAAUGCGCUCUCGAUCGCGAAAAGGGCGCCGAUUAUGGCGCAGGUGGUGAUCGGAACCCCUGGCACCAUCAAGAAGUGGAUGAGCUUCAAGAAACUUGGGGCCUCCAGGUUGAAGAUUCUUGUUUUUGACGAGGCAGAUCAAAUGCUUGCGGAGGAUGGAUUUAAAGAUGAUUCCCUGAGGAUAAUGAAAGAAAUAGAAAAAGUUAAUUCUAAUUGUCAGGUUCUUCUGUUUUCUGCUACAUUUAAUGACACCGUCAAAAAUUUCGUUUCAAGGACAGUCAAAGAGGAUCAUAAUAAACUUUUUGUAAAGAAAGAAGAACUAUCUUUAGAUGCAGUGAAGCAAUAUAAAGUCUACUGUUCUGAUGAACUUGCGAAGAUUGAAGUGAUAAAAGAUUACAUAUUUGAAAUAGGAGAGAAUGUGGGGCAAACCAUCAUAUUUGUGCGUACAAGAAAUAGUGCACAAAUGUUGCAUAAAUCACUUGUUGACAUGGGCUACGAGGUUACAUCUAUACAAGGUGCUCUUGGUCAUGACGAGAGAGAGAAAAUUGUUAAGGAGUUCAGAGACGGUUUGACUCAAGUUCUUAUUUCAACUGAUCUUCUUGCUCGUGGCUUUGAUCAGCAACAGGUUAAUUUGGUCAUCAAUUAUGAUCUUCCGAUGAAACACACUGCCAGCUAUACCCGUGAACCCGAGCCUGAUUGUGAAGUGUAUUUGCAUAGGGUUGGCAGAGCUGGGCGUUUUGGGCGCAAAGGAGCUGUAUUUAACCUGAUAUGUGAUCAAAAGGAUGAAAGGCUCAUGUCGAAGAUUGAGAAUCACUUCGGCACUCGUGUAGCUGAGGUGCGAGCACAAAGUGUUGAAGACUAUAAAGGUGCUCUCAAGGAAGCUGGUUUACUGCAAUGAUGUGAAUCUGCACAAGUCGAAGGCUGGCUUGUGUUUCUUCUCAAUGUGCCUGGAUUCUGGCCAAGGAAUUCGAUCAUAAGAAUGAAUGAUUUGAUUAUUCUGCAGGAGCACAUGCUGAUGAUGGUUAAGUUUUGGGGAUGGAAAGUUCUUGUUCGUGUUUCUCCGCAAUGUGCCUGGAUUCUGGCCAAGGAAUUUGAUCAUAACAAUGAAUGGUUUGAUUAUUCUGCAAGAGCACAUGCGGAUGGUGGUUAAGUUUUGGGGAUGGAGAGUUCUUGUUCGGUCUGUUUUCAAUACUGCUGCAGUCGUGCUUCAUUUCUUCCUUAUAAUUUGCAGUGUGUGUAAUUUAGAUUUUUUCUGGUCAAACAUUUAUAAAUUUAGAUUUUUUUUCUUGCCUCACAUGUUAUGAUUAAGAUUAAUUUUGAAAGUAGUUAUUCUUGCCUCA